AUGUCUUUGCGCGGGCCCAUGCGGCGGUCCCACCUUAGGCAGGUGAGCGCCGCCAGCUUGGAGACCCUUUCGACCAUCCAUACCGAGACAUCGUAUCGCGAUCAUGACCCCACGCCAGAUGAACGAACCGUUCGGCUAUCCGCCAGCUUGGCCCGCCACCAAUGCACCCUCUGGGUCCACGACGAAAUGUUUUCGAGGGAGGAGAUAUUGUUGAAUCCGUUAGCGUUCGGAGAAAGUGGAAUCCAGGUCGGGGAUGUGGUCGAGAUUCUACCCGUUCGAGCUUCUGGGGAUGCAGUACACUCUGCUUUGAAGCCUGACGUGGGCGUGAAGAUGGCCCGCGAAAGCCAUGCAGACAUAAACCUGAGCUCCCAGACCGACGGCACCUCCAAGUUCAAAACCCCAUUGCAAAGCCGAUGCUUAUUUGUGGUGAAGCCCUUGCCGCAAGAUGUAAAGAUGCGACAUCCCAAGCUAGAGAUAUCGGUCACCAGCAGCGUAGCCAAUAUCUUCGGUUUCAAGAACAGAACCCAGGUUACGCUCUCGAUUGUCGACCGCGAACACUGCGCCGCGUCUCACGUUGACAUCUCUUUCCGUGACCAGUAUAUGGUGCGGUCUGAUAUGUGGCGAUUGGUCAUGUCCGAGCUCGUUAAUAAGAUUGUCUACAAAGGCCAGAAAAUCAUGUUCAUGGGCAGCAUCAAGGCGACUGUAAAGAACAUUUUCAUUCGAGAGAAAAAGGUUCUUUCAGGGUACUUCGCGCCUCAUACAAUUCCUGUCUUUCGCAGCGAGUCAGCAAAGUAUGUCUUGUUUAUUCAAAUGUCCAGGGAAAUGUGGGAUUUUGACUCAGAAGGAUCUGGGGAUAUUCUCUUCAGUCGCGUGAUCAAUGGGUUUUUACCAGAGCUGUUCAAGCGAUGGGCUAACUCUGAUGCGAAACAUUUGGUCACCAUUGUACUCUUCACACGAGUAGAAUACGAUGUUUCUGCACAUCCGAGCAUAUCUCAACUCAAUCCUGGCUUAGCAGGUGCUUCAGGUCCGAAUAAUGUUCCAACUCGAGACUUUUAUCGUGUCGUCGUGAACGAUAUGGCUAGCGGUCAUUGGACCACUAUCUUGGAUGAGCUCAAGAAGAAUUUUAGAACCUUCUUGAGAGAUGUGUCGAUUUUGAAAACGGACGACCUGGAUGCUGCCACUGGAAGCGGCAUCAAGAUCCCUUCCAAGCCACAUACCGCGACAAUUGCCGGACGCCCCAGCACCGCCUUGCGAGGCAACAUUCUUGAGGCCAUUCAUCUUGCCUCUGCUCACCUGGCCUAUAUGCAUAUCGACCGAGAUAUGGUUCAUACGGGAACAUCUAUCAUCGUAAUUACCCCGGGGAGUGGUGUUUUCGAAGUAUCAUACGAGUCUUUAGCCUCUACCACAGAAGCUUUGACGAAUCGUGGAAUAGCCAUCGAUCUGGUCUGCCUGAGUCCAAUGCCUCUUCACUCAGUGCCUCUCUUCAAAUAUCGAGAGCCGGUAGAGCGAGCGUCUAGUUCCCUCGAAAGUCCGAUCGAAACGCCAAAGUUGUCGCCUGAAGUCCACCAUUCGAUAUCCAGUCUUGUCAGUAGAUCUUCUUACCUCUCCCCUGGAUCUUAUCUCUCCGCCACCAGGAUGCGGGAGCGAGGUCUGCCUAGAUCUAGAGAUUGGAGCUAUGGCAUCCCCCACUGGCUGGAUAUAUCAUACUGGAAUCCGGAAACCUAUCGAGAAGCUCGGCGCAUCUUGAAAAACGAUCCCAAUGCUCCUAUCCCGCACACCGUCACCCGGCCACACAAAGCGUUUACUCCACGCGUACGUAUGUAUGAGAUUCAAAUGAUGGGCGUCAUGGAGAGCGAACAAUCCAAUAUCUCCAUCCCCUACCUUCUUGAAGGGCGUGAUAUCGUAAAACCCCGCACGUUACUAGGAUCAAGCUCAGCAAUUCGUGCGCCUCCAAGAACACGAUUCGCCAACACUUCUUCCCUCAAAGCGCAAUUCAGUGAUAGCCUACGACCAGAACCGUUUCUUGAAAAUGUGACAGAUCAGAGUGAAAUCCAUACCAGAGAACAGCGAAAAUCUCGAAAGUCUAUCAUGGCUUGGAUGGAUCAGUACGAUGAUAAUAUCUUCGCCGCGACUACCAAAAGAAAGGACACGCCGAGACCUAGAAACAAGCGUCUGAGUGAGCCGGAGGUCCAGGGCACUGGUGCGCAUGAACGGAUGUCGGCACGAUCUGUCCUGCAUCUACGAGAGCAUGAAACUAGCACGGCCGAGGGCGGCCAAGCACCGCGGGCUGGUCCCCGAAGGAUCGACGGAUCUAGUCUUUCUCAAAAGAGCACAGUUUCUUCAAAGAGCACGUCACCCAAAAAGUCGGCGCUGAAAACCAAGCCCGCACCACCCGCCUCGCGAAUUUCUCGAACAAUCAGCUUUGCGCUUCGGGGCUUAAUUUCUACUCCUCCACGGGCUCAGGCAAGCACUGGAGUCCAUGUAGAGCACGCAAGCGCACUUCCGAUGUCCAAUCAAAGGUCCUCUGGAGGUACCUUUUCCGACACUAAAAGUAUCAUCUCCUUGAGUCCAUCGGAAACUACAUCAACGGCGACAGUCACAGACGGAGCAUCCCCGCCAUCUACACCCCCGAGACUUUCACAGUACAACCGAUUGACUCCUUCUAAACCAAUCUCUAUUAAGACACCAAUGAAGAAACCAUCAGAUAGCCCAGAGCGAUUGGAACCUGGAAGAGCCCAUGGCUCACUUUCAACGUCUGCAACAGAAACUCGUUUCGUCAACCGGGACGAGGGGCCAGGUCGGCCUAACGACAAUAAAGUUGAGAUCUCUCUCAACCACAAUUCACGUGAUACUUCAAGAAACUCGCCAGGCAAGGCUCUCUCGCCCUGGGUUCGAUCGGUUAACCCUUGCAAUACGCCGAAAGAUGUAUUGCGCAAGACCAGCUGGUUUGGUCGUUGGCAACAUGCAUAUCCUCGUCCUCCUCACGUUGCAGUAGUCAAAUGGAAGAGCUUAAAAUCACCUGCAGUGCUUCCUCUGACUACAGAAGAAUUCCCAACUUCAAGUGAACUUACCUCGGAUUAUCUGCAGACGCCAUACCGCGUUUUCGCGAAUGACGACACAGAUGGUAUCGAGGCACCAAAGACUCGAGGAUUCCUCCUACGAGAAAUGAUCUCACUUCGAUUGUCUCACGGCUUUCAGAUUGUUGUGGGCCGAAAUGUGGCAGAAGUCUCGGCACAACCGGCCCUUGAGUCGCUAAACGUAUUUGACACCCGAGGACUUGAGCGAGAUGGAGUUAUUGUUUUCCUCUCUAAAGGCAACGCAAUUCAUCGACUCAUCACUGUAGACGGAGGAGAAAUUGAGGUGACUCGCUUCACACAUCACACAGCGGCGGCUCUUUUGUCACCUAAACGAACCAAUUUCACGCUGUAUCAGCCAGCCAUGAGAACUAUUCUGAGCCAAGAGUAUGAGAUCAAAGACAUCAAGCUGGACCCUACUGCUGAAGAGUACAAUUGGAAUCUUGCUGAUAAUUAUCUGGCUGGCCACCGAGAUUAUAUUCACAGCCCGGCCCAGCAGCUGCAUUUCUGGCGGGUCCGAUAUGUGUUGAUUCCGAUGCAAUUGCAUCCCCACUCUCGGCGACAUCUACAAUCCUUCAAUGAGGAUAAUGAAGAAGAGAUCCAUUUGCUCGGCAUCAGCCAGCUAACUCAUAUCUGGCAACGAAACAAAUAUGUCUCUCCAGAGGAAAAGCGAUAUGAGUCUGGCAACAAAAAGAGAGAUCAGAAUCCGCUCAACAUUAUGUAUCAAACACGAAACCCAUCCGAGGUUGUCGCAGCUGAACUUGAUCGUGUACUCCUCACUGACCCUGGGCUUGACAAUCCGCCCACCCAGCUUUUACCUGAGGCUGAUUUGCUUGAGAGGUCUGGCGACCUCAUAUUGCAACUUUCGCAGAUGAUUCAAGGCGAGAAGGGUGUGCGGAUGAUGGAUCGACGAUGGCAUUGGAGGCUACACUACAAUUGUUUUAUUGGUAUCGAGCUCACAACUUGGUUGAUACAAAAUUUCCGAGAUAUCGAGACUCGCGAGGAAGCAGUUGAUUUUGGCAAUGAGCUGAUGAAACACGGGCUAUUCCAACACGUCGAGAAACGACACAACUUCCGAGACGGCAACUAUUUCUAUCAAAUUUGCGCCGAGCAUCGUAUCACUCGCCCUGAAUCUCGAGGUAGCUGGUUUCCUCAACUUCGAGCAGACAAGUCAAUGCCCUCAACGCCGGCAGUUGGGAAGGAUUCUCCUUCCAGCCUUCGCGCUCGCUCUGACAGCAUUGAUGAGCGCAUACCAACAACGCCGAGUACCCCGUCAAAAACCAAGAACAAGGUUGCAAUCAUGUUGUCUAAGACCUUGAAGUAUGAUGUAGACACUCGCAAGCGGUCAAAUCGCCCCGAGGUGAUCGAUCUUCACUACGACCGGCUGCACAAUCCUGAGAACUGCUUCCACAUUGAGCUUAGCUGGAUGAGUACUACACCAAAGUUGAUCGAAGACACCGUGCAUUCGUGGGCCUCCACUGCGGAGAAAUUUGGUCUGAAGCUGGUUCAGGUACCCAUAGCUGAAGCCUGCGCCAUUGAUAAGAAACAGCCUUUCCGAAAGCCUUACCGGGUCACACUGAAGGUUCCACCGCCCAAAGGACCGGUCCACACAGUGUUCAACAACGCGUCUUUUGCACAGCCAGGACCACCGGACCGCCUCUAUUACCAAAAGUGUAUAUUACGCAAGUUCGACUUUGUCUUGGAUUUUGAAGCAUGCACCGCAUUCCCGGCCGAUGUCGAAGUCUCAUUUUCUUGGGGCAAGCCCGACUACAAAUACCCACAGUAUAUCCACCGCAAUGGUAGUCUCCUUGCUCAGAUCACGGAUGAAGGAGACUUCCUACUUCUCGCAAACCGACUGGUCAGUACUCGUGGCGUAGCGAGCAGAGACGCAGGUCGCUAUGAUCAUGGCCGAUCAGAUUAUCGUGGCCGUGCACCAAAUCACGAUUCUCUCGACCGCCUCUCUCCACGCCUGUCUCCAUUGAUCCGUCCUUUGCACGACAUUGGAAGUCCUCUGCCUUCGACAGCUGCACCCAGUAUCGACUCGGCAAAUUUGUAUCGUGCGCCAGAGCAUAUUCUCAACAGCCUAGCUGAUUUCUGCAAAGAUGCAGCCGCGCUUGAGCAGUUCUACAGCGAGUCUCACAUUCGUCCAGCCUCAACCAAGGUCGAGCCUGCCACUGCUCAUCUCAUGGAUACCUCUAUCCCAUCACUUGAGCUUCCCGCCAGUGUCGUCAGCCACCACAUUUCGCCUCCACCUGGUUUGCCCUCUAGAGUGGUUGGGGAGUCUCGCGAGACACGGGACGGAUUGAAGUCGCCUGAGUUGUCCCGAACCAGGGCUCGAGGCGAGAGCAUGAGCUACAAAAGCAGUCCACGAAGCGGUAGCCUCCGACCACUGCUUUAA